UUUUUUUUAAGGUUAGGUCAUCAAUGUGCUUGUAGGUGCUGAGCCCUUCUACCUAGCAGCAGGGACUGCUUUUCUUCAGGACCUGGGGCAGGUCUGCACCAGAUACCACAGCACAACAUAGGUUAGAAGCAGCACAGGCAGCCCUGGCGUGUAAUAGCCACUGCAAUCCCUUCAAGCACAUUAUCACAGCAGGCAGUGAUCAGGGCACAGCACAGCAAAGCACAAGCCUGGGAGACAUGUAUUACUGCAACGGGGACAACUGCAAUCAGACCGACAACGCCAAGGAGAAAGGACACCCAAGAAACCUGAUCCCGGAGCUCUGCCGACAGUUCUAUAACUUAGGAUGGGUGACAGGAACCGGGGGCGGCAUCAGCAUUAAAUACGAGGAUGAAAUUUACAUCGCUCCCUCUGGAGUCCAAAAAGAAAGGAUUCAGCCGGACGACCUGUUUAUCUGCGAUAUUGAGGAGCGUGACAUCAGCUGCCCCCCACCUUACAAGAACCUGAAGAAAAGUCAAUGCACCCCUCUGUUCAUGAACGCUUACACCAUGAGAGGCGCUGGAGCAGUGAUCCACACUCACUCUAAGGCGGCGGUCCUGACCACGCUGCUCUUUCCAGGGAAGGAAUUCCAGAUCACGCACCAAGAAAUGAUUAAAGGAAUUAGGAAGUGCAGCAGUGGGGGAUAUUACAGAUACGAUGACAUGCUGGUGGUUCCCAUCGUAGAGAAUACUCCCGAAGAAAAAGACCUCAAAGAACGAAUGGCAAGAGCCAUGGAUGAGUAUCCAGAUUCCUGCGCUGUGCUGGUCCGACGUCACGGAGUCUACGUCUGGGGAGAUACCUGGGAGAAAGCAAAGACUAUGUGCGAGUGUUACGACUACCUGUUUGAGAUUGCGGUGCAGAUGAAACAACUUGGCCUGGACCCCGCUGCUCUUCCUGCAGAAGAAAAUGGAAUUGUGUAAAUCUCCUUGAAGGAAGACCCCACCACGUCAGUCCCAGCACAGGAAAUCGGAGAACUGUGGCGUCCUUUACACUGGUCAUUUCUCACUGUGAUUUUAGUAGUAAUUUCUAACUUGGCCUCGUUCGUCUUAAUCCAUUCGUUAGUAACAACCUAAACAAUAGCACCUAAUGUUGUGUCCUGAGCCCCGGCCAGUGACAUUUUUAAUAAACUAUGGAGGAGGUGUGGA